AUGGACAUGCCAGAGAAAUCAGAAGCAGGUCCUUCGGCCCCAUUAGAAACCUUCGACGCGCCUCCCGCAUACACACCCCAGCCCCCACCCGCACCCUCAGCACCCACCACCGACAACCAGAUCAACGAUGAGCGCAACCCCGCAACCAUCCCGAGUACCAUGGGCCCCAAAAAAGUAUACACAACUUACCACAUAUACCUUGAGCAAAACUACAUGCGCAAAGUGAAAGUCGCGCUCGUAAAGCACCUAAAUUCCGACUCGCCCUCUUACGUCUUCGAAUUCCCGGAUGAAGGCGAGCACGCGGGGCAGAUGGUGAUGUACGCAGGCGAGAAGACGGAGGGCGGAGCGCUUGGUACCGCAUCCUUCGCGACAGAGUUCGGCAGUAGCAGGCUGGAGUUGAGCGACGGCCGCGUUGCGUCUAUCUCCGUCGUACCGCGCAGAGACAAGUCGCAAAAAGUACGCCUGUUCCGCUUGGAUAUAUCCAACUCCGCCUCCGCCUCCGCCUCCUCUAUGCCUUUGCCACAACCAAACACAAUGUUCUGGGAGAUGGGGUCGCGCAAUCAUGGGGCUUCAAGCAGUGGGUUUGGCAAUCUUGAAUUCAUGGAUGAGGACAGAAAGGUGUAUGCGGUGUUGCUUACAGGAUGGCACAAGAGUAUGAAGAAGAUGGGAAGAUUGCAUUGGUUGGUCGAGCCAAGGGGAGAGUUGGUGGAGAUGGGGUUGGGGAGCUUGAUGGCGAUAUGGAAAAAGGCGGAGAGGGAUGUUCGGAGUGGCCAUGUUGGUUUGGGAAUCUAA